AGUGUGAUAUCGAAAACACAAAACAGGCAAUCCACAUUAUUCUAUAAAGCGCUAGAACCAUUCGCUGGCUGACAGCGCUAGAGUUGCCGAGAUCGCUGCUCAGAGCAGACAAGCUAAAAAUACAAUCAGAUGAAGUCAUACACAAACGCGUCAGCCAACAAACAGAAAAACGCCAAAUUCAAGUUGUGAAAAGAUAUCAGUGAGGAAAUAAUCGUGUCUGGCUUCCUUUGAGAGGUGAGGUGUUUCAUAGUGGUUAAACUAAUCGAAAGCAGUCGAAUCGUCGACCGUGGGAAUCCCCACAGAAAGUUCCUGUUUGGACGUGUACACAUAUUUUCCAUUACAAGAAGAGGACUCUUGCUGGCGAAACUAAUAGCAUUCGUCAAGGAUAAUUUAUCGUGCGAUAUCUGGUGCUUCUGAGAUCGAGACGAAACAUAUAAAACUUCAACAUGAGUAAAGAAGCCCCACCGUCAUAUGGCUUCGUGGUUCCGCCGCAAUCGGCUCCGCCCAGCUACGCACAAGCCGUGGGAGGCGUCCCACCGGCCAGUCCAUUCACGCCCAACGCAUCACAGCAAAACCGUGGCCCCACCAUCAUAACCACAGUGGUCCCGGUUGGACCGGCUUCCACGCACAUGAUCUGCCCCAGUUGCCAUGCCGAGAUUGUCUCCCAGACCACAACUUCCCCCGGUCUGAUUGCCUACGUUUCCGGAUUUUUGAUUGCUCUUUUUGGCUGCUGGCUGGGAUGCUGUCUUAUUCCAUGCUGCAUCGACGAGUGCAUGGACGUGCACCACUCGUGUCCCAACUGCAAGGCCUAUCUUGGACGACAUCGACGAUAAGCGACGAUAAUUCGACGAAUAUUCAAUUCCACACAAACACGCAAAUUUAUCGAAUCUCUGCCACAUCUUCUAGAAACUUCAUGGUUCACAGUAUAUGUGCUUGAGAAACGAAAUCAGUAUAACACAUAAUCAUAACUGAUACCGUGUCGCAUUAGCUGAAGCGAUAGGAUGUUGUUUUUUUCUCGAAGCUCUGUCAUUCAAUUGAUUAAUAGUUGUGAAAGAUGUCUGAACCCGCAGACAUCAUAGUGGCGAUAUAGCUCUGAACAUACUUCGACUUUUUAACGCAUCACAAAUAAACCAGUGCAUAUUAUUGCAAUCGACCUCAAAAGGCUGGAUCAGUUUUCUCGAAGUUUCAAUUUAAGAACUAUGAAUAAGUUCUAUAAGUUUAUGUUCAAUAUGUAUUGACCUUCCACAUAUUUUGCGUCCAUCACAUUGAAACGGUUUUAUUUGUAACUACAAAAUAGAUCUAACUUCGAACAGAAGGCUUAACAAUAAGUAGGGACAUUGUUUGGGGUAUCGCAACAGCUUAACAUCACUUUUGAUUGAUCAGAACAGCUUGGAAGAUUGUUUUUAAUCAACUUGAUUUAUACAAAAUAUACACAUACAAUUAAUAAUCGUAGCUGUGUAAUUGUUAAACAUGUUUGCGGACAGUAACAUUAAAAUAAACCAAAAAUAAUUUUGAUGUAA